AUGUCUCCGUCAGUAGUCCUCCAUCGCCAACUCCAUCAAGCGCCUGCCACCGCCCUCUCGGGCGAAGGCAGCUACAUCACCGUCGAAGAUGGAAGACGAAUUCUAGAUGCCACCGGAGGUGCCGCCGUAUCAUGUCUCGGCCACAGCAACGCGGAAGUAAAACAGGCCAUGAUUGAUCAAAUAAAUCAGCUCUCGUACUGCCACACUGCUUAUUUCUCCACCAAGCCAGUUGAGGAGUUAGCUUCGAUGCUGAUAGAGUCUACCAGCGGGAAGAUGAGUAGAGUGUAUAUCGUUGGAUCUGGAUCCGAAGCAAUGGAAGCAGCAAUGAAACUAUCAAGACAAUUCUACCUCGAAAAAAGCACACCCGAACCCCAGAGAACGAAAUUCAUUGCCCGUAAACAGUCCUAUCAUGGAAUAACUCUUGGUUCGUUAUCCAUGGGCGGCCACAACUUCAGACGUGAACUGUUUGAACCUAUCUUACUCCCCAAUGUCUCGCAUGUUUCGCCUUGCAAUCCUUAUCGAAAUCGUAAGGAUGGUGAAUCAGAUGAGGAGUACGUUGCUAGACUAGCAAAUGAAUUGGAUGCGGAGUUUCAACGUCUAGGGCCAGAAACGGUGUGUGCUUUUGUUGCCGAGCCGGUUGUUGGUGCAGCAAUGGGCUGUGUCCCUUCUGUGCCAGGCUACUUCAAAGCCAUGAAAGCUAUAUGCGAAAAGUACGGAGCCCUUUUUAUAAUGGAUGAAGUAAUGUCCGGGAUGGGCCGUUGCGGGACACUACACGCCUGGCAGCAAGAAGAUGUAGUUCCGGACAUGCAAACCAUCGGCAAAGGUCUAGGUGGUGGCUAUGCGCCAGUCGCAGGUCUACUUAUUGGCGACAAAGUGAUCAAAACCUUAGAAGAGAGCAUGGGUAGCUUUCGACAUGGUCAUACGUAUCAGGGACAUCCGGUAUCCUGUGCUGCGGCCGUGGCUGUUCAAAAGGUCAUUGAGAAAGAGAAUUUGGUUGAGAAUGUGAGGAUGAUGGGUGCAUUAUUAGAAGAGGAGUUACGAAGCCGGCUUUCGGAUCACCCUCACGUAGGCGACAUUCGAGGAAAGGGGUUGUUCUGGGGUAUCGAAUUUGUACGUGACAAAGCAACCAAAAAGCCAUUCGAUCCAAAACUACAACUGGCAUUCAAGAUCCAGGGCAAGGGACUCGAAGCCAACCAUGGUAUUUCACUGUAUGGUGGUCAAGGCACGGCUGAUGGGAUUGCGGGAGAUCAUAUAUUGCUCGCGCCGCCUUAUAAUACUACGAAAGAGGAGAUUGUACGUAUUGCAGAGCUUGUGCAGGGUGUGCUUGAGGAGGUCUUUGGUGAGUUGGAUGAGGAAACAGUUAUCUAG